AUGAGAUCCGCCGCCUUUAUUGGACCUCUUGCCCUGGGUGGUCUUGUCGCUGCCCAGGACGUCCAGUCAAAGCCAUUCAACUUGAUCGUACAAUCUGACAGUAAAGAGCUCAACGGCCGAGCUUUUAGUACCUGCCAUGAGGGUGCUGCGAUCGAAUCAAUCUGUAUUCUAAAGGACAGCAAAGCUGUCUUUAACCUCAACACCACUGACGGUGCUGAGCCAGGACCAGGCGGUCUUUCCGGCGCUCUCACUUGGACCUUGCCAGCUCAGCCACCCAUUCCCUCGAGCAUGUGGUUUUACUCUGACCCAUCCACAAACGUUGCCCUACCACUUUUCUAUCCUGGAAAUUCCAACAUUCAGUAUGUUGGCUUCGACAAAGAUGACCUUAUGAACGUUGUUAGCUACCUUGACGACACAAAAUCACCUCCCACUGGUCAGACCCCUCGCGUUCUCAAACAGUGGUACGUUUGCAAUACGUACUACACGGGUUACACGUAUCAAACUCUUAGCUGGGUUCUGGGCAACGGCAAGCCGCAGAAUCCCAGCUGUGUUAAGGUGGAUGUCAAGAGAAAGUUUGUGUGA